AUGGAAGAAAGUAAUGAUCCUGAUCAGUCUAUCUCAGUAGGGAGGCAAGAAAUUCGAAAGAGAAGACAACCCAGCGAACCGAUGGUAGACAAAUCCCAGCAGACUGAAGUGACCGAGAAAAAGAAACACCAGUCUAUAUCACAACCGACUGUCCCCAAAGCUACCAUUAGUAUUGUUAAUAUUCCUGAAAACAAUAGCAACUACUCUGACAAAAAAUAUGAGCCUUUUCGAGUAUCUUCUCAACUUCAGCAAACUUGGAGAAAGAGAAAGCAUGGACAGGAAAUGACUGAUAAAUCUCUCCAGACAGAUACCUCUGCAAAAGAGAAAAAAGAAGUCAAGUCAUGUGAUGAACCAGUGGGGCCUGAAGAAAAGCCAGCUGGUAUUGGAGAAGCAGGUCCUGAAUUGCCUGAGAGUGUUCAGGGAGUAGAAAUUACAUCAAACUUAUAUUCAGUUCAAUUAAAAAUAGACAGAUCUCAGCAGACCAAUUGUACGGGGGACUGGUCUAUGAUGAACUGUCCCCAAGCAGAAAAAGUGGACAAGGAACAGCAGACAUACAUUAGUGAAAAAGAUAUAGUGAUUAUUUCCAGGGCUGGUAGUUCUUUUACAAAGUCAAAGGAAGGUGUACAGAGAUAUCAAUCCUCAGGAAAGAUUUUUGUUAGUGAACAUACUGAAUUUCAACCCACAACAAGUAGCCAUGAAGAAAUUAGGCAAAAAAAUAUCAGCAGAGAUUCAUUUACUCAGGAAAUCCCAAAAGAUACUCCAUUAAUUUUAGAAGAUGGCUCUAAGCAAGAAGUUUUGAUUGUUAAAAAAGAUGCUUCUGUUGAAAUAGAGCCUCUACCAACAGAAAAAGUCCUUGCUGAAGGACAGGCUUUACCAGCUGAAGAGACCACAGCUGAAGUAGAGCCCAGAGUUGUUGAGGAGACCCCUAUUGAAGUACAGUCUGCAAUUGAAGAGACCCUCACAUUUGACACAGCUGGUACAACUGCAGAGGCCUCUGGUGCAGUAUCCCCUUCUCUAGUUGAAGAGCCUCUUUCUGUAGAGCCUCUGGUUAAAAUUCAGCCUCCAAUGGUGGAAGAGGCUCUUUCAGAAGAUCCUUUUGGUCAAGAAGAGUCCUUACCAGCUAAGGUGGCUCCUUCAGAGGAGCUUCCUACUGGAAUUCAACUUCCACUAGCAGAAGAGACUCCUUUUGAAGUUCAGCCUACAGUAACUAAAGAUGAGUCUGGUGAAGCUCCAGCUAAAGUAGAGUCUGCAGAAAAGGCCCCUGCUGAAGUUCAGCCUCCAUCAGCUGAAGAGGCUCCUACAGAAGUGAUCCUAGAACCUGGGCUUCUAACAACUACGGAAACCCCUAAAGAAAAGGCCCCUGCUGAAGUUCAGUCUCUAACAACUCAGGAGUCUCCUGUAGAAGAGCCCUCUCCCAAAGUUGAGCCUCUAAUAGCUGAGGAAGGCUCUGCAGAAGAGUUCUUGGUAGCAGUUCAGCCCCCACCAACUGAGGUAGCCCCUGUUGAAAUUCAGUCUCCAUCAUUUGGGGAAUCUCCUAUAGAAGAGGCCCCUGCUGAAACUCAGCCUCCACUAGCUAAUGAAGUCCCUGCAGAAGAGGCCCCCACUGAAGUUCAAUCUCCAUCCCUUGAGGAAGAGGUCCUGGUUCCAGUUCAGCCUCCACCAGCUGAGACUGAAGGACAGGAUUUACCAGCUGAAGAGGCCACAGCUGAAGUAGAGCCCAGACCUGUUGAGGAGACCCCUAUUGAAAUACAGCCUACAAUUGAAGAGACCGUCACAUUUGACACAACUACUACAACUGCAGAGGCUGAGAAGGACUCUCCAGAAGAAGUCCUGUCUCAAAUUCAGUCUCCACCAGAUGAGGGGGCCUUUCCAGAAGAGGUCCUGUCUGAAGUUAAGUCUCCACCAGCUGAGGUGGCCUCUCCAGAAGAGGUCCUGGAUCAGAUUCAGUCUCCACCAGCUGAGGUGGCCUCUCCAGAAAAGGUCCUCACUCAAAUACAGUCUCCACCAGAUAAGGAGGCCUUUCAAGAAGAGCUCCUGUCUGAGGUUCAGUCUCUACUAGCUGAGGAGGCCUCUCUAGAAGAGGUCCUGGCUCUAGUUCACUCUCCACCACCUGAGAAGGUCUCUCCAGAAGAGGUCCAGUCUGAAGUUCAGUCUCUAUUACCUGAGGAGGCCUCUCUAGAAGAGGCCCUAGCUUUAGUUCAGUCUCCACCAGCUGAGGUGGCCUCUCCAGAAGAGGUUCUGGCUCAAAUUCAGUCUCCACCAGAUGAGGAGGCUUCUCCAGAGGAGGUUCCUCCUAAAGUUCAGUCUCCACCAGAUGAGGAGGCCUCUCCAGAGGAGGUUCCUCCUAAAGUUCAGUCUCCACCAGAUGAGGAGGCCUCUCCAGAGGAGGUUUCUCCUAAAGUUCAAUCUCCACCAGAUGAGGAGGCCUCUCCAGAGGAGUUUCCUCCUAAAGUUCAGUCUCCACCAGAUGAGAGGGCUCCUAUAGAAGAGAAGUUAGAUGAGGCUCUGUUUCCAGAAGGUCCAGAAAUUACUAGGAUAGACUUCGUUUCUGAAUCUCUGUCUCUACUAAAUGAGGAGUUCUUUACAGAAAAGGCCCUGGCUGAAGUUCAGUCUGUAUCAGCUAAGGGAGUCCCUGCAGAAGAUGCACCUGUUGACAAUCAUCUUUCACCAAUUUAUGUGGUUCCUAUUGAAGAGUUUCCUGUACAAGAGAUGCCUGCUGAAGUUUCACCUCCCCCAUCUGAACAAACCCCUGCAAAUGAGGCUGUACUGGAGAAUGUCUCUCCUGAACUUCAGUCCCCCCAGGUAGCAGGUGUCUCAGAAUCAGUUGUUUUAGAAGAUGAUAAAAAAUUUGAAGAAGGGGUUCCUGUUCCAGAAGAUUUGUCUACUGGCAAGGAGGAACAGGUUUCCAUUACUGAAUAA